AUGUCACUCGUUUCGAAUUUUCCACAUAAUAAAAAGAGGACACUUUAUGUGGGCGGUUUCAGCGAAGAGGUCACCGAAAAGAUAUUGAUGGGCGCUUUUAUCCCGUUCGGUGAAAUUGUUGCCAUCUCGAUUCCCAUGGACUAUGAAACGGGAACCCAUCGAGGAUUUGGAUUUGUGGAAUUCGAAUUAGCUGAAGAUGCGGCGGCAGCAAUUGACAACAUGAAUGAGAGUGAGCUUUUUGGAAGGACAAUUCGAUGUAACUUCGCGAGACCACCGAAAGCCAGUGAACGAUCAACAAGACCCGUUUGGGCAGAUGAUGAAUGGCUUCGAAAAUAUGGACAAGGAGGAGGAGAAGAAGCAGCAGCAGAGUCUGCGGGUGCCGGUGGAUCGACUAGUGUUUCUGUGGCUCCGACUUUCAAAUUACCACGUGUUUAUUUGGGAAUCAAAAUUGGAAUCAGAUUUAUUGGACGCAUUGUUAUUGAAUUGAGGAGUGAUGUGGUGCCGAGAACCGCUGAAAAUUUCCGGUGUUUGUGCACAGGCGAGAGAGGAUAUGGAUUUGAAGGAUCCUCUUUUCACCGAAUAAUUCCAAAGUUCAUGAUACAAGGAGGAGACUUUACCAAAGGAGAUGGAACUGGUGGAAAAUCGAUUUAUGGAUCAAAAUUCCCCGACGAGAACUUUGUGCUAAAACACACAAUGCCUGGAACCGUGUCAAUGGCUAAUUGCGGAAAAGAUACGAAUGGAUCACAGUUCUUUAUCUGCACAGAAAAGACGGAUUGGUUGGAUAACAAGCACGUUGUUUUUGGAUACGUCAUUGAGGGAAUGAAUAUUGUUCGUCAGAUUGAGCAACAAGGGAGCCCUACCGGUAAACCAAACAUGUCCGUAAAAGUUGUUGAAUGUGGCGAAAUCAAGUCUGGAGUUGCCGAGCCGACAAAACCUGCACAAGAAGAAGCUGCGGCAGCACCAGUUGCUAACGAAAAGCAAACGAUGGAAGCU